CGAAACAGGAGGCGACAGAACAAGAAACAGCAAUGUCAAGAAGUUUGUCGAGCCCGCACUGUGUCGUGUACAGGGCUUCUUUAAGCUGAACAAACAAACAAACAAAGAGAUAAACAGACGAAAGAGAAGCGUGUAGUCGGACUCGGACACACAGACAUGGAGGGUGUGUAUGGAGGAUGGGGCAUGACCCCGCUCAACCCAGUCCAAGCAGUGAACCCCUUCAUAGAGAUCAUCGAGCAGCCAAAGCAGCGGGGGAUGAGGUUUAGGUAUAAGUGUGAGGGACGUUCAGCCGGCAGCAUCCCCGGAGAGAAGAGCAACGACACCACUAAGACCCACCCAGCCAUCAAGGUGCACAACUACAGCGGCCCGCUGCGUGUUCGCAUCUCGUUGGUGACGAAGAACGCGCCGCACAAGCCUCACCCCCACGAACUGGUCGGGAAAGACUGCAAGCACGGCUACUACGAGGCGGACCUGCAGGAGAGAAGGAUACACAGUUUUCAGAACCUCGGCAUACAGUGUGUGAAGAAGAAGGAUGUGAAUGAGGCCAUCACUUGUCGGCUGCAGACCAAUAAUAACCCCUUCAACAUUCCCGAGGCGAAGGUGUGGGAGGAGGAGUUUGACCUGAACUCGGUUCGCCUUUGCUUCCAGGCGUCCAUCACUCUGUCCUCGGGGGAUCUGUUUGCACUGGAGCCCGUGGUAUCGCAGCCCAUCUAUGACAACAGGGCCCCAAACACAGCUGAGCUGAAGAUCUGCAGAGUCAACCGCAACUCUGGAAGCUGCAAAGGAGGCGAUGAGAUCUUUCUGCUGUGUGACAAAGUACAAAAAGAGGACAUCGAGGUGCGUUUCUUCCAGGACUCCUGGGAGGGAAAGGGCACGUUCUCCCAGGCCGAUGUCCACAGGCAGGUGGCCAUUGUGUUCCGCACACCGCCGUACCGCGACACUAACCUCACCGAGCCCAUUAGAGUCAAGAUGCAGCUCCGCCGGCCCUCUGACCGCGAGGUCAGCGAGCCGAUGGACUUCCAGUACCUUCCCGCUGACCCAGAUGAAUACAGGCUGAGUGAGAAGAGAAAGCGUACAGGGGACAUGUUCCAGAACCUGAAGCUGGGGCCAAUGCUGUCUAGUGUGUCCAUUCCACAAGAUAGACGGCACAUAAGCCCGGCAAGGAGAACAGUCACAGCCAAGCCUCCAUCGAUGAAUGCACAAGCAGCUGUGGUGCCCCCUGGUGCCACCGGAGCUAAGGCCCAGCCUUCCUACUCAUAUCAACCAGGCCAGCUGUUCUCCGUCCAGCCCAAGGUCGAGGCCUCCCCCUCUAAUGCGACUACAAACCAAACGUGGAGGAUCAUGGAGAGCCUGAACCUGGGCCCCCAGCCCAAAGCCUCUCCGGUGCCCAACUUCACAAUGACCCAGGCACUAUCCUCCUGUUCCUCCAUCGCCAUUUCCACCGCCAACCAGGACUACUCGACCGUCAACCUGUCGGACCUUCACGAGUUCUUCCCCAACAUCUCCACGGCCAUCGCCCAGGAGACGGCAGCUUCUCAGGGCAGCACGGCCUCCUCGCAGGCCGGCAGCUCCUUCACCCUCCAUGGCUCUCAGUUCCGGGUGGACCCCCCGCUCGGGGACGACGACAUCCCAGAGUUCCCUAGCUUUUCCGAAGCCCAGGCCCCGGGCGUCCUGGACAACCUAAACAUGGAUGACUUUGAGGACCUUCUGCACCCCGCCCUCAUGAACGAGAGUGGAAACAACGUGACAUUGGCUCAAGCUAUGUGCCAGCAAGCCGCCCCUCCCAGCUCUUCUUCCGCCGCCCACAUCGCAGCGUCCCAUAACACUUCCGACGCCGCCGGCCUCCCAGGGAGCACCUGGAUGAAUUACCCCAACAGCAUCGUCAGCCUGCUCCAGAACGAGGGCAUGAAUGACAUCGCGUCCAACAACGGCAACUACCGGCCCGCCGUGCUGGAUGAGUUUGACGAGUUGAUGUCCGCUGAUGAGGAUCGUCUCAUUUCCAUUUUUAACAGUGGAAGCCAAGCUGGGUUCGUGUCAGGACACCCGACUUAAAGUUUGUCCGUGCCAUUUUUUUUUUACGGACAUAUUUACUGCUUGUAUCUGCCCUUUUAACCUUUUAAAAGAAACAAUGCGGAUGCAAUAAGACUGUGAGAGACAGAAUGUAGCAAAACUGCUCACUGUGGACAUGCAAGGACUUUUCACGGUAUUCAAUUAGUGGCUUUUGCCGGGCCUUUAUAGACGGGUUUCUGUGCAAUGUCAUCGCAGAGAUGCGCACACAGCUAGGGGGCAGAAAGCACGGUAUCAUGUCUAUGGAUGGAAAAUGUUUAAU